CGCACGUGCGAGCUGUCCGCCGCCGUGUCCGGCCAGGUGCCAGGUGACAGCCUCGUGCGUCGUUCUGCCUCUGCGCGCGCGCGCGCGUGCGUGCACUGUAUAUAUCCACAGGCGGGUUUUUUUUUCUCUGCUCGCGCAGCUGUAGCUGGUCCCCGAAACGGAGCGUCGUCCUCCGGCUGGACUACAGCAGGAUGUCCGCGGAAAUAUUCGACAAGAAGAAGACGAUAGACCUGAGGAAGAAGCACAUUGGGCCAUCUUGCAAGAUUUUCUUCAGCCAUGACCCUAUCAAGAUUGUCCAAGCCAAAGGCCAGUACAUGUACGAUGAAAAGGGACAGCGCUACCUGGACUGCAUCAACAACGUGGCUCAUGUGGGCCAUUGUCACCCAGAUGUGGUGAAGGCGGGAGCUCAGCAGAUGGGACUGCUCAACACCAACUCGCGAUUCUUGCACGACAACCUCGUGCUGUACGCCCAGAGGCUGCAGGCCACGCUGCCCGCCAAGCUGUCCGUGUGCUACUUCGUUAAUUCUGGUUCUGAAGCCAACGACCUGGCCCUGCGUCUGGCAUGGCAGUACACAGGCCACAAAGACAUCAUCACGUUGGACAACGCGUAUCACGGCCACGUCUCGUCGCUCAUUGACAUCAGCCCGUAUAAGUUCCACCACUCCGAUGCUGAGCAGAAUCAAUAUGUCCAUGUGGCUCCCAGCCCAGAUGUUUACCGAGGCAAAUACAGAGGGGAGCACCCGGACCCGGCCACGGCAUAUGCAGAUGAAGUCAAAGACAUGAUCCAGAGUGUCACUAACCAAGGAGGCAAGAUUGCUGCUUUUAUUGCUGAGUCAUUGCAGAGUUGCGGCGGGCAGGUCAUCCCCCCCCAGGGCUACUUCCAACAAGUGGCACAACAUGUCCGCCAGGCGGGGGGCCUUUUCAUCGCCGAUGAAGUCCAAGUGGGCUUUGGCCGUGUUGGCACUCACUUCUGGGCCUUCCAGCUCCAGGGAGAGGACUUCGUGCCCGACAUCGUCACCAUGGGAAAGCCCAUCGGCAACGGCCACCCCAUGUCAUGUGUGGUCACGACCAAAGAGGUGGCCGAGGCCUUCAUGUCCUCUGGAAUGGAGUAUUUCAACACAUUUGGCGGCAACCCAGUGUCGUGCGCCAUCGGCAUGGCCGUCCUAGACGUGAUUGUGAAAGAAGAUCUCCAGGGCAAUGCCCUGCGCGUGGGCCGCUACCUGACCGGUCUGCUGGAAAAGCAGAAGGAGAAACAUCCGCUGGUGGGUGACAUCAGGGGUCGCGGUCUCUUUGUUGGGUUGGAGCUGGUGAAGGACCGGCUGAAGCUCACGCCUGCUACAGCAGAGGCCCAAGAAGUCAUAUAUAGGCUGAAGGAACAGCGCAUCCUUCUCAGUGCCGACGGACCGCAUCGCAACGUGCUCAAAUUCAAGCCGCCCAUGUGCUUCACUGUGGAGGACGCUGACCUGGUGGUGGAGAAAAUGGACCACAUUCUCACAGAGCUGGAGGAAGCACUGGGCCUGACGUCGCACCACGCACUGAGUGUUGAGGAUGAGAGUAGUAAAAGAAAGCUGCCAACUGAUGACCAUGGACAGGCGUAUCACAGCGGGUUAGCACGCCGCAGAGGGAGCAGUCAAGGAGUCCCUCAACGACCCAAACGCCUCAAGACAUAACGCUGGCCCCAGAGGCCGAGCCGCGACGGGAUUUUAUCUUUUAACUGGGAUCAAACAAUGUAAAAUGUAGAGGUAAGGUCAUCUUCAUUAUCUCCGAGGAGGGGCACUUUGUUGCAAAGCCAGCAGUAUUGCCAUCAACUGGCACACUUAAUGUCAUCAAAACACUGGGGCAACCACUUUAAAUCUCGCAUUCUCUACUUCAUUGUCAUUAUUAAAAUGAUUACUGCUCAUAUGUAUCCUACAGUAUGUCACGCAUCUUUUGAGGACUUUGAAAAGCGCUAUAUAAAUCUAAAGUAUUAGGUGCCUUUGGAUGUAAUCUAAUGAAAAAUGUUUUUUGUAAUUAUUUAAUAAUCCCAAUAAUAUACAGUUUUAUUUGAGAUUUGAGUCUUCUCAGGAAUUUUUUAAUGUUAAGCUUAGGAAUCCCGCCACUUGUUCAUCAUAACAUGUAUAUUGUGGUUUUAUCCCCUUAUUGUGUGAGCUACACAACUUGUAUACUCUUUAUUUUAAUUUUUGUCAACAUUCACUUUAUCACAAUUUCAGGGAAUUUUAAUGUUACUAAACCCAAAGGGGUUUUAUUAAAACA